GGAGUACUAUCCCUUUUUGGCAAGCUCAUUUUCAGAGAACGCAGACAUUUUCCCUCUCAAAGCAGUAGUGUGCUUCACAUUCAUAUUACAAAGGGGUGUUUUGGACUACAUACAGGAUAUUUUUUCACUUUUAUGAUAAAAAAUUAGUUUUAUUGCAUUUGAAUAAUCUUAGUUUUCCACCACGGUAGACCUCUUAAAUUUUCCCCAAACCUGUAUAUUACCUCCAAUUCCCUUUUGGUCUACCUAGACCUUGUACAAGAGGUCAUCCCCCACUCUUAGGAAGAAAGGCUAGAGAAAGUUAAAUGCUUGUCAUAGGCAAUUCACUUUAUGCAUUUGACUAUUGAUUCUGGAGGGAAAAUGCUGGCUCGGUCUGUGGUGAAUAUAUGAACUGAUGAGAAACUAGUUAAUAUUUGCAGUGCUAAAGAUGAGAUGGUUUGUAACCUCGCCACUAAACUCCAGUGUUGUAUAAACUGCCACAAUAAGUUCUGAGUCCAUUGAUAUUGCACUUGCUUCCCUUUACCUUGCCUGGAGUACUGUUAAACUAUUUGCCACUUCAGCUCUUUUUAUGUUUAUAUGGGGCUCCCUGGGUUGGGUCAAAUCUGGAGGUGUAGUUUGUCGUGGUUACAGGCCAUCUCAUUUCAUGCUAGAUGGUGGGGUUGAGGAGUGGGGAUGGAGCAUCAGGGAGUGACAAACUCCUCUGCUCUGUCGCUCUGCCCCCCGCGCGCUUGCUGAGGAUUGGUGGAGUCUGCGCAGCAAGAGCUGUCUUCCUGACCGUUCAGUCGUUCCAGAAAAGUACUGGAGACCUCUCCCGCAGUUCUCCAUGAUUAUAUAUUUUAGUCUUUAACUGUAACUGCUAGUCUUAUCUGUAAUAGCUGGUAAAUGUGCAGUGCAAAUUAAUAUCUCCGGUACCUUUCAAUGGUGCCUCCAUUCGUUGUCAGGAAGACAGCUUGCAAUCUGUACUCCACCGCCUGCGUCAGAUGCGUUGCUAGGACAGUCGUGCGCAGCAACAGCGAUGACUUCUUCAUUUCAGAGCUGUGGAGACUUCUAGAUCCAAAUAAACCACAGACUUUUUUUCCCCGCCCCAUUGGCCAGGAUUCAAGAGAGCAAGCCAGGACAAAGCAUUUUAAGUAUUAAAUAUUUCCUGAAAAUGUUAAUACGGAAAACCAAUGAUUAAUUCUUCUUUCAUUUUGCUUCAGACAUGUAAGUUCCCCAAAAAAUUGGGAUCAGUUCAUUUGGUUAAGAUCAAGCCAGUAACUGCCCUCCUGUAGGAACAAUUAAAAAGUAAAUAUUUUACUGACAUCUUGAAUCAAAUGCAACAAAGCCUUUCUUCCCCCUCCAAACUACCCCAAAACAUUCUUGUUUUUUUGGUCAAAACUGAAAUUUUUUGCAUGUACAAAUAUUAAGACUAGACCGUUAAAUCUGUUGUGUUUUGGAAAACCUUAUUGCAUUUCCAUAUUUGAACACAAAUGCAUUGUUUAUCAAAUUUACUAACGAUGUUGUUUCUGAUUUUGUCUCUUUUGGUUUUUCCUCAACUGAAAUUGUUGUAUAGAAGGUUUCAGGUGGGUGACACUAUUCCUGCGUAGGUCCGGGCGGAAAGGAACACUAGGGGCAGCCUCAGUCUUCUCUUCUGCCAGCCAGCCGCGGCCACCACUCUGACAAAGUCCAAAAAUAUGGCUUGCUACCUGAAAGCCAUUGAGACUCAGCCCAACUUCGCAGUAGCUUGGAGCAAUCUGGGCUGUGUGUUCAAUGCCCAGGGAGAAAUAUGGCUGGCCAUACACCAUUUUGAAAAGGCUGUGACGUUGGACCCAAAUUUCCUCGACGCUUACAUCAAUUUAGGAAAUGUUUUAAAGGAAGCCCGAAUCUUUGACAGAGCUGUGGCUGGAUAUUUGAGAGCCCUCAGUCUUAGUCCAAACCAUGCCGUUGUACACGGAAACUUGGCCUGUGUCUACUAUGAACAGGGCCUUAUUGACCUGGCUAUUGACACUUACCGCCGAGCUAUUGAGCUUCAACCCCACUUCCCAGAUGCUUAUUGUAAUUUGGCAAAUGCCCUGAAGGAGAAAGGCAAUGUGUCUGAAGCAGAAGAGUGCUACAACACUGCCUUGCGUUUGUGCCCAACCCAUGCAGACUCCCUUAACAACUUGGCCAAUAUCAAACGUGAGCAGGGCAACAUUGAGGAGGCUGUUCAGCUAUACAGGAAAGCCCUAGAGGUGUUCCCCGAAUUUGCUGCAGCUCACUCCAACCUUGCCAGUGUCCUCCAGCAGCAGGGUAAACUCCAGGAGGCUCUCAUGCACUACAAGGAAGCUAUCAGAAUCAGCCCCACAUUUGCAGAUGCCUACUCAAAUAUGGGAAACACGCUGAAAGAGAUGCAAGAUGUACAAGGAGCGCUCCAGUGCUAUACACGUGCCAUACAGAUCAACCCUGCUUUUGCUGAUGCUCACAGCAAUUUGGCGUCAAUACACAAAGAUUCUGGAAACAUUCCAGAGGCCAUUGCUUCUUAUCGCACAGCCUUGAAACUCAAGCCUGAUUUCCCUGAUGCAUACUGUAACUUGGCACAUUGCUUGCAGAUUGUGUGCGAUUGGACAGAUUAUGAUGAUCGGAUGAAAAAGCUUGUGAGCAUUGUUGCUGACCAGCUUGAAAAGAAUCGCUUGCCUUCAGUGCACCCUCAUCACAGUAUGCUGUACCCACUCUCUCACGGCUUCCGCAAGGCCAUUGCUGAGCGCCAUGGAAACCUUUGCCUGGACAAGAUCAAUGCAUUGCACAAACCCACUUACGAGCAUCCUAAAGAUUUGAAGGCCAGCGGCGGACGUCUACGUGUUGGUUACGUCAGCUCAGACUUUGGCAACCAUCCGACGUCUCACUUGAUGCAGUCCAUUCCCGGGAUGCAUAAUCCUGAGAAAUUUGAGGUGUUUUGUUACGCUCUGAGCCCUGAUGACAGUACCAACUUCAGAGUCAAAGUUGUGGCAGAAGCUCAUAAUUUCACAGACCUCUCACAGAUUCCUUGCAAUGGAAAGGCAGCUGAUCGCAUUCACCAAGAUGGGGUCCACAUUCUGGUUAACAUGAAUGGGUAUACCAAGGGAGCCAGAAAUGAGCUGUUUGCUCUACGUGCUGCUCCUAUUCAGACAAUGUGGCUAGGUUACCCUGGAACCAGCGGUGCACCCUUCAUGGACUACAUCGUCAGUGACAAGGAGACAUCACCUCUUGAAGUAGUCGAGCAAUAUUCUGAGAAGGUUGCCUACAUGCCACAUACAUUUUUCAUUGGAGAUCAUGCCAACAUGUUUCCUCAUCUCAAGAAAAAAGCAGUGAUUGAUUUCAAAUCAAAUGGACACAUCUUUGACAACCGCAUUGUUCUUAACGGUAUUGAUCUGAAGGCCUUCUUGGACAGUCUGCCAGAUGUAAAAGUGAUUAAGAUGAAAUGUGACAUCAAUCAGGAACCAGCUGCAGACACAAAUGGAGCUUUGUCAAUGCCCGUGAUCCCAAUGAAUACAGCUGCAGAAGCAAUUAUCAACAUGAUCAACCAAGGUCAAAUACAGGUCACCAUCAACAGCUUUACUGUCAGCAACGGCCUUGCCACCACCCAGAUCAAUAACAAAGCUGCCACGGGGGAAGAAGUUCCACGCACAAUUGUUGUGACGACUCGCUCCCAGUAUGGUCUUCCAGAGGAUUCCAUUGUUUACUGCAACUUCAACCAACUCUACAAGAUUGACCCACCAACCCUUCAGAUGUGGGCCAAUAUCCUAAAACGUGUACCCAACAGUGUAUUGUGGCUCCUUCGGUUCCCAGCUGUGGGCGAGCCCAACAUCCAGCAGUAUGCUCAGAACAUGGGUCUUCCAGGUUCUCGCAUCAUCUUCUCUCCAGUGGCCCCCAAAGAAGAACAUGUUAGGAGGGGGCAGCUGGCUGAUGUGUGCUUAGACACACCUCUGUGCAAUGGUCACACCACAGGCAUGGAUGUUCUCUGGGCUGGAACACCUAUGGUCACCAUGCCAGGUGAAACUCUUGCCUCACGCGUGGCUGCUUCACAACUCAGCUGCCUUGGCUGUCCGGAACUCAUUGCCCAUACACGGCAGGACUAUGAAGAUGUAGCAGUCAAGUUGGGAUCUGACAUGGAAUACUUGAAGAUGAUUAGGGCACGUGUUUGGAAGCAGCGCAUCUGUAGUCCUCUCUUCAACACCAAGCAGUACACUAUCGAACUGGAGAGACUCUAUCUGCAGAUGUGGGAGCAUCAUAGCAAAGGCAACAAGCCAGAGCACAUCUUUAAAGUCCACACAGUAGAAAGCAGCGACAAUGCCUAAACUGGAAAGUCCUCAACCUUCCCCUAACUUAACAAUACUACCACAGAUAUAAACUUUCCCACAAUCAUUUUUCCAAAAAUCAUAAGCAUCUUAGUUUGAAAGGAUGUUUUGACCUUUCCGUUAAAGCACUGUUUUUUCACGUCCUUUGACUUUUAUUUGGGACUCAAUGGAUCUUCACACAAACACACAUUUUUCCCCUAUCAUCACGUUGCAUCGCUUGAUCGUGUAUCCUCAGCUAGAAACUUUCAGUUUUGAGACUAUCUUGGAAAACAUGAGACUUAAGUACCCGUGAUAGAUUACUUGGAUCAAUAGUCCCUCCUCAACCUCCUCCUGCUUUCCAUGUGUUGUUUGAACAGGACCUGUUUCAGUUUGUGGACAAAUUGCCUAACCCUAAUAGUUAUAUUUAUAAUUGGAUUAAAGAUAUUGUUUUGGUUUUGUA